AUGUCCAGGAAGAAGAAGAAGAAGAAGAUGAUCGUGUUGAAGAGCUCCGAUAAUAAAUCGUUCAAGGUCGAAGAAGCGGUCGCACUCCAAUCUCAAACGAUUGCGCAUAUGGUUGGUGACGAUUGCGGUUGCCCCAAAAUCCGGCUUGAAAACGUCACGGGCAAAACCCUCAGCAAAGUGAUCGAGUACUGUAACAAGCACGCCUAUGGUGACUCUUUCUCCAAGGAGGAUCUCAAGCAAUGGGACGCCCAGUUCAUGAAUAACAUCAUGGAUCAUUCCACCAUCUUCGAGCUCCUUGUCGCUGCUAAUUACCUCAACAUCAAAGGUCUGCUUCAUCUCACUUGCCAAACAAUUGCUCAAGAGAAGAAAAACUUGGAGAAAGUGAUCUGGAACUAUAAAUGGAUUUUAUUGAGGCCAGACAGCACAGAAUUCAUGGCAUUGAGACGCGAUGAAUAA